UUUCGCGUCAUCCAUCCACUCCCCCAUUCUCAAUCGACUUCAUCGCUUAAUUCGAAGACUGCAUAUUACCAUAUUACAAUGCCUCACGCAGACUCCUCUUACUUCGGCGCCGGCAAUGGCUCCAAAUCCGAAGUCUACACUCAGGUCCUAGAGCAAGCUCGUGGUUUGGUAUACGACCAGCGCAAUUGGGUCAGCAACUUCUCCAACGUCGCCUCCCUCCUCUGGCACGCCUACGCCGCUCUCCCCGCCCCCUCCUCCUCCGUCAACUGGGCCGGCUUCUACAUCCGCCAGGACAAGUUCCCCGUCCUCGGCGGCGCACCACCCUCCGAAGAGGACAGCAACAAGAAGCCCGUCCUCCUUCUCGGUCCAUUCCAGGGCCGUCCGGCAUGCCAGGAGAUUCGCUUCGGACGGGGCGUGUGUGGAACGGCGGCGGAGAAGCGCGAGACGGUCGUCGUGCCGGAUGUGGAGAACUUCCCGGGGCAUAUUGCUUGCGAUGCGAGCAGUCGGAGUGAAAUUGUGGUGCCGAUUUUGAGUAAGGGGGAGACUGUUGCGAUUAUCGAUAUUGAUUGUGCGGAGCCCAAUGGGUUUGAUGAUGAGGAUAAGAAGUAUUUGGAGGAGUUGGCUGCGUUGUUGGCGGAGUGCUGUGAUUGGUAAUUACUACCUAGUAGUUUGGUGUGAUGUGUCUAUAGAUUAGUCGUUAUGGGUAUGAUAAUUUUGGUAUGGU